CAAUAAAAGCCUAAAAGUGUUUGCAUGUUAGUGAAGAGUUAUUAUCCGUGUUAUUCUUUCGAUGGGGGCUGGGAAAUUAAGUGCGGAAAUUUAACGUGGAAUUCAUGAGCUCAACCCUGAAAAAAAAGGAAAAAACGAAAAUAAUUUGGUUUAUCGGUGGAAUACUUAAAAAACACCGCCUUCAGGAAUCCAAACAAAAGGGUGAAAUUGAAAUGAAAAUUUCACAUCUAGUGAAUAAAUAAAUAUCAAAACAGAAUUUACUUUAAAAAUAGAUGAAAAGUUUCACCGUAAUAAUAACUAUGCUGCUGUUGACGUGCAUUUGCUAUGCAACGACGCAGAAACAAUCAGCAGUUUGUUCAUAAUGAAUUGAAACAUAUAUAGCCAUGCUCAAUUUAGUGAAAAUAAUAUAUUCAUAAGUGUAUAUACAUAAAUAUAAAAAGUGUAACAAUCAUCGC